AAUGGAUACAUUUCAUGUGGAAAGGAGUGGAAGAUAUAAAUCUGUGAUUGCUCAGAAGGGUCCGUCGUUUGAUAAAAUCGUGCUGGAUAAAACUCUUAAGAAAUUCGUUGAUACCAAACAUUUAUACAAACCAAAAAGCAAAUAAGCUUCAUCUUAAAAGUACAGACCAAAUUUCCAAAAAUCAGGCAUUUUCAGAGAAGAAGGCGUAUCCCAGGCAGAAAGCUUUAAUCAUCAACUCUGAAAUUUCCAAUCAAAAAUAUGUAUCUAGCAGAGAAAAUAUGGGCAAGAGAGAACAUGAGGUUCAUGACAUGAUGAUCAAAAGUUGCAGCAGAAUUGUACUAAAUAUGCAGAAUAAUGGACAGUAUAAAUCCCAGCCCUCACUCCGUGUAAAUUUGAAGAAGCAAAAGCAUGGCGAAGCUUCAAGAACUCCAAAUGAAUACUCAUAUCAGGAGCAGGAUAGUAAUUUAGAAAAAUAGUCUUCCAAAAGAAUCUCAUGUUAAGACUGGUAUUAAUCUUGAAAUUGCAAAGAGUCAUGAUAAUAUCAAUGACUCAGGACCUUCAUUAUUCAAGACCAGGCAGCCAAAUCUGCUUGAAUUCUUUCAAAGGAUUGUUAACAAAGAUUUUAGCAGGAAACAUCAUAAUAAGUAAAAAUAAAGUAAUCUUGGUAGGAUAACCAGGAGUCACAAUAUGA